AUGGCGUUCACUCCGAUUCUGUGGCUCUACAAUUUGCUGCAGUGGUUCCUGGACAAGAUUUUCUCGCCCACACCACCAGCACCGGGAAUACGCCUACGUCGUCCUAAGAUCGCCGUCAUUGGAGCAGGCCUGACUGGUGUCUCGGCCGCUGCUCAUUGUGUUGGCCAUGGAUUUGAUGUCACGUUAUUUGAGGCCGGAGACGAGUCACAUCUGGGUGGUAUCUGGUCACUAGUCAACUCGACGUCCGGUCUUCAGAUUCAUAGUCUCAUGUACAGGUUUCAUCCCUCGAUCAAAUGGGAAGGCGGCUAUCCGAAGCAAAACCAGAUAGUGGACCAAGUUCGACAGGUGUGGCAACGCUACCGUAUUGCAGAAAAGACAAAAUUCAACACUCGGGUGGAGAAGAUAUACAAGGAUAAGUCAGGGCGUUGGAUCGUCAACGACAGCUCCCAAGGCCGCUUCGAUGGUAUUAUACCCGCCAUAGGAACAUGUGGUGAUCCGAAGAUGGCUGGCCUACCUGGCCAAGAGGCUUUUCAUGGAGAGAUCUAUCACUCUUCGGACCUCGACAACAAAGAUGCCAGGGGGAAGAAGAUUCUCAUCAUCGGAGGAGGGGCGAGCGCAGUGGAGGCUCUGGAAUGGGCAGUUCAGACCGGGGCUUCCAAGAUCAGCGUUCUUGCUCGCUCUGAAAAAUGGAUAAUUCCUAGGAACGCCUUUAUUGACACGCUUCUUGCUUUCAACAUAUUCGGUCAAGAGACUUUUCUCUCAUGGAUCCCAGAGAACCUGCUCCGGCUUCUGUUUUAUCGCGAUCUGAAGGAUAUCGCGCCUCCUGGAGGGGGUCUUUUCACCGAAACACCUAUGGUCAACUCGGAGAUCUUUGAUCAAAUUCGAGCGGGAAAAGCAGAUUGGCUUCGCGGAGAUAUUGAAGAAGUUCGUGAGAAUGGCAUUUACUUCAAUCAUCGAGCUCAGGGCGUUCCAAAAGGUGGCGUUGGGAGGCACCGCGUCAUUGAAGGCGACAUAAUCAUUAUGGCAACUGGCUACAAGAGGCCAAGUCUGGAUUUCCUGCCAGACGAGGCCUUUCAGGAAGGCUUUCUCCCGCCACGAUGGUUUGUACAAUGCUUCCCACCCAAUGCACCUUCUAUCUGCGCAAUCAACUCGACGUAUGUUGCGGCGAUCGGAACUGUGGGAUCAUACCAUAUAGGGAUCUACACUCGGAUGUUAUUGAUGUUCCUCGUCGAUCCCUUAACAACUCCACGGCCAUGGUGGAUGAAACGAUGGGUGGAAUUCACCAGCACUGUCAAAUCACUGGCUCCGACCGACGCGUUUGACUUUUUCACGUACUCGGAGCUGAUCUAUUGGUUUUUGUUCAUUACGUUGAUCAAUCCUUUUCGGUGGAAGUGGUUCUUGUUUGUGUUCUUUGGGAUUGGGAAGAGUCUACCUUGGAAGAUUGUGGAACAGGAGGAUCGGCUGCGGAAUGGUCUUGGUUAUGAACGUAGCUACUUGGAUGCCUCGAAGGAUCCUAGCUGA